UUCUACAAGUUAUACUUUCUGAAAUUUUAAUUGUUAUUUUGCUUGUUUUGCAUAAUGUUAUAUUUUUCAUGGUAACUACAACUAGUUGAUACUAUUGUAAUUUUAAUUGUUAUUUUGCUUGUUUUGCAUAAUGUUAUAUUUUUCAUGGUAACUACAACUAGUUGAUACUAUUGUAUAUUGAACAUGAAAUAGAUAAAGGUUAAAAAGGUGUAUGACUUUGAAUUUGAACAAAUUCUAAUUUAAGCAGCCAUUUGUUUUUAUCAAACUGGGUCUGAUUCAACGCAUACAUAUUUUGACAAGUUAGAGGUGUAGGAGUAAGUUUGAACCAGUUCUUAGGAAAAAAGUAUAUAUUUUUAAAUUUAUUUUUCUGUAAAAUUGAUUAUGGGAGGAAGAGGGAAUUGCAAUUUACAAACCUCGAUUUUGGAUUAUUAAUUUAUCAUAGUGCAUCUUGUAUAUUUGAUGCUAAAUUAUUAUUAAUUAUAUAUUUGAUGCUAAAUUAUAUGUAUUUUUGUAUGAUGAAAGUGAUAUCAGAGCAUCUUGUAUAUAUUCAAUUGAUAUUCUGUUACACACUGGUUUUGGCUGUAUGUGAUGACCAAUUUGAUUCACGGUGUAAUAGAAAAAUGCAGUGGUGGUUGUAAUUUCAAAUACUACCAAGUUUUCUAAUAAAUAUUAUGAGGUCAUAUUCAGAAGCUAUGAGUCAAUUCUUUAUAAAAUUUAUGACAAAUUAUAUGUUUGUAUUUAUCUAGAAUUAUUUGAGCUAAAUCAGCAUUAGUUUUUUAUGCUAUUAUUAUGUCAUAACUGCAUUGACGUGUACUUGAAAUCAAAUCGAUCGGUGUUAAUAAUAGUGCAUUAUUAUGUCAUUAGUGACCAUUAGUUUUUUAUGCUAUUAAAAAAACUAAUGGAUCGUAGUUAAAAUGAGUUCCUUAUUUCAUUUAAAUCUUCAUUUAGAUAAUGGAUGGUAGUUGAAUGAGAGCUAAUCGAUUAAGUGCUGAGUACAAACAUGGAGUGAUGGAAUUUUUACAGUUUGUUGAAGUAGUGCAAAAAAAAAUCUUCCUCCUCCUGAAAGUAAUGUUGAAAAAAGCCUUCUUGUGCUUUUUCUCUGUCCAUGUGUUCAUUGUGCAAAUCAAGAACCAGAACUUAGUAAGAAAGAAAUCAUGAAUCAUCUAAUUUGUGUAGGGAUUUGUCAAAGUUAUACACAACGGAUAUCGCACGGUGACGUAGUAGCAAAGUCAAAUAUGUCCCAAAGAGAUAAUGUUAGUGUAGAAAUGGAUGAUCGUCUAGAAGAUAUGAUGCGAGAUAUUGGACAAGAUUCGUUUAAGAGGGCACAUGCGUAUGAUACUUUAUGCAAUGACAAGGAUAAACCUUUGUACCCGGGACGCACAAAUUUUACACGUUUGUCAGCCGUGUUAAAAUUGUUUAAUCUGAAGGCAAAUAACGGGUGGACUGAUAAAAGUUUUACCGAAUUGCUUGAAUUGUUGACACAAAUGCUUCUAGAAGGUAACGUGCUACCAAGUCAUUAUUACGAGGCGAAGAAAAUAUUGUGUCUGAUGGGUUUGGAGUAUGAAAAGAUACAUGCAUUCCCUAAUGAUUGCAUGUUAUACAAAAAAGAGUAUGUAAACUAUAAUCAUUGUCUGAAUUGCAAGGCGUUACGCUACAAAAAGUAAGAUGGUGAAUCUAGUGAUGAUGAGGAGGUCAAUAAGGGUCCUACCGCGAAAGUGGUAUGGUACCUACCAAAAAUUUCAAGGUUCAAGAGAUUAUUCACUAAUGCAGAUGAUGCAUAGAAUCUUAGAUGGCAUGCGGAAGAAAGAAAAUGUGAUGGACAAAUUCGCCAUGUAGCUGAUUCUUUGUAAUGGAAGAAAAUAGAUUCUUUGUUUCCAAAUUUUGGCAAAGAGUCGAGAAACCUUAGACUUUCUACUAAUGGAAUGAAUUCGUAUGGUAAUCUAAAUACUAACCAUUCUUCUUGGCUUGUUCUUCUAAUGAUUUACAACCUAUCUCUUAGGUUGUGCAUGAAGCGUAAAUAUAUUAUGUUAUCGAUGAUGAUUUCGGGCCCAAAACAACCAGGAAAUGACAUAGAUGUUUAUCUAAGUCCACUGAUUAAUGAUUUAAGAGUGUUGUGGGAGGAAGGGGUGGAUGUUUUUGAUGCUCAUUCUUGUGAACAGUUCAAUAUGCGUGCCAUGUUGUUUUGCACCAUCAACGAUUUUCCAGCAUAUGGAAAUUUGUCUUGGUAUAAAGUUAAAGGGCAUAAAGCGUGUCCUAUAUGUGAAAAAGACACAUGUUACCAUCAGCUUGAAAAAGGAAACAAGACUGUUUAUCUUGGGCAUCAAAAAUUUCUAAAUCGUUAUCAUCCAUAUCGUAGGUUGCGGAAAGCUUUCAAUGGGGAACAAGAGCAUGGUGUUGCUCCAAAGCCCUUAACUGGAGAGGAAGUUUAUCAACGACAACAAGGCAUUACUGUUGUCUUUGGAAAGUACCAAAAGUGAUCUAUUGUGAAAAAUAUAUGGAAAAAGAGGCCAGUUUUCUUCGAUCUUCCAUAUUGGUCUAGUCUUGAGGUAAGACAUUGUGUUGAUGUGAUGCAUGUGGAGAAAAAUGUAUGUGAUAGUGUAAUCGGAACACUUCUCAAUAUUUAAGGCAAGACAAAAGAUGGUAUUAAUGCUCGUCUAAAUUUGGGCGUGAUGGGUAUACGUGAAGAGUUAACUCCACAAUAUAUAGGUAACAAGACGUAUUUGCCUCAUGCCUUCUACAUUUUGUCUGAAAAAGAGAAAACAAGUUUUUGUGAGUGUUUAUAAAGUAUCAAAGUGCCGCAUGGUUACUCAUCAAAUGUCAAGAGGCUUCUAUCGGUUAAAGAUCUCAAAUUAGUUGGCUUAAAAUCUCAUGACUGUCAUGUCUUAAUACAACAACUACUACCAGUGGUUAUUCGUGGGAUAUUGCCUAACAAUGUUAGGAAGACUAUAACUAGGUUGUGCUUAUUUUUCAAUUCAAUUUGUUGCAAAGCCAUUGAUCCAUUAAAGUUAGAUGAUUUGGAAAAUGAGGCUGCAGUUAUCUUGUGCCAAUUAGAGAUGUAUUUGCCUCCUUCUUUUUUUUGACAUUAUAGUUCACUUGAUUGUUCAUCUAGUAAGGGAGAUUAGAUUAUGUGGUCCAAUUUUUUUACAGUGGAUGUAUCCAAUAGAGCGAUACAUGAAGAUCCUAAAAGGGUAUACCAAAAACCCAAACCGUCCGGAAGCAUCGAUUAUUGAGAGGUAUAUUGCAGAAGAAGCAAUUGAGUUUUGUUCUAACUAUUUGUCAGAAGUGGAUGUUGUAGGGCUUCUCAAGUCUCGUCAUAAUGGAAGAUGUGAGGGUGUGGGUACACAAGGUUUAAAGGUCAAGAGCUUAAGUAUUGAUGUGGUUGUUCAAGCGCAUUUGUAUAUAUUGAAUAACACGGAUGAAGUUCAACCUUACUUAUCUGCUCACAAAAGCAUCAUAAAGAAAAAGUACCCCUAGAUGAAUGAAAGAGGGUUGUUAAAAGAGCAUAAUAAGAGUUUCUCUGAGUGGUUUAAAGAAAAAAAUUUAUAGUGAUGAUAGUUCUUCAAAAACAAUUAAGUGGUUGUCCUAUGAGCCUAAAUGUAACAUAAUAUCUUGGAGUGGAUAUGAUAUUAGUAAAAAUUUCUUUUAUACAAAGUCAAAGGAUGACCGUAGUACCACGCAAAAUAAUGGGGUUAUGAUUGUGGCCGAGUCCAUGCACUUCUCUAGUGCUAAAGAUAAAAACUCGGUUGUGGCAUAUACACCCUACUUUGGGGUGAUUGAAGAGAUUUAGGAAGUUGAUUAUGUUGUGUUUAAAGUUCAUGUAUUUAAAUACAAAUGGAUUGAUAUCAAUAGUGGUGUAAGAAUCGAUGAAUUUGGAGUUACACUGGUUGCUCUUAGCAAGUUAGCUUAUACGGACAAACCUUUCAUUAUGGCAUCUCAAGCAAAACAACUGUUUUAUGUCACAUAUCCUUCUAAUAAAAGGUGGUCAGUUGUUAUAUAAGGAAAUGUGCAUGAUAGUGAUGAAAAUCAAGAUGUAAAUCUUGAUAUUUCCAAAACUCCUCCUUUCUCAACAAAUGUGCCUAUCUUCAUUUAAGAAAAUGUAGAGGAUGAUGUGCAUGUUGUUCGCAUAGAUCAUGAAGAAUGGAUAUGGGAGAAUUAGUAAGAUACAUGGCUGAUUCAACCGACAACCCCUCUUCAUCUAGUAAACUUAGAAGAGUUAGAGGUCCAACUUUGAUGACACAAAUUGACAAAGUUCAUCAAACGGGUGAAAAGAUAAAGGUUGAGUUUGACCCAAGAACCUAUGAAUGUACUGGUGUUGGUAAGAAUGCUGCAAAUUUUAGGAGUUAUAUAGCAUCUCUUGCUCGACAGAGAUGUUCUAUUUUGAAAGAUGAGUGGAAAGACAUGGAUAAUGGGAUAAAAGACAUUAUAUGGCUUGAUUUUCAGGCUCAUUUCACUAUUCCAGAAUGUUGUGAUAAAUACAAGGAUGGUAAAAUCUAGGAUCCGUUGAAGAAGGAAUGGAUUAAAUAUGAAGGAGAGCGAUGGAGAGGUUUUAAGACACAACUCAGAGACGAAUAUGUUAAUAAUCCUAAAAAAGAUCUCGCUCCUGCACAUGUCAGGUAUAAUUAUAUUAAAGAAGAAGUAUGGGAAGAGUUUCUGAAGUCUCGAGAUACCCCCGCAUUUAAG